AUGUCUAACAACGAAUGGCAAGUUUUGAACGUCGUGAAAACACUCGAUGAAGUUACAGCAAUAGUACAACAACAUCAAGUAUCGAAAUUUCGAAAAUCUGCAUUAUCUAUUGAUCAUGCAAAUAUUCCAUUACCAUCAAGUCAAUUAUCGAAUAUAAUCAGCUAUAAUCGACGGAAAAAUAAUCCAGAAAUAUUUUCGGUGUAUGAUUUGCGUAAAUGGUGUAAUGAUCAUAAAGAUGGUGGUGAUUCAUCACAUUCAACAUUUGUACCAUAUUAUUCGAUUGAUAAUGUUGAUAAUAUUUUUGUAUUAUUUACAACAAACCCAAUUUACAACUUUGUUACAAUGUUUGGAGCAUCUGAUGCUGAUCGUCAUUUCCGUCCGUUUGGCAUUGCUUUAGUGUCUAGUGACGAAAGUUCAACAUGUUAUGAACAAUUAUUUAAUGGUAAAAAACCGUUUCGCCAAAAGACGAUUAGCCAAAAGACAAUUCGCCAUGGCGAAAUGUCACGUGCCGGCUCGCCAAUUGGCGAAGUGUCAAUACCGUUUCACCCAGAAUUUGUACAGUUUCAUCAAUUGGCGAAAUGGCACAUGAUAUUUUGCCAGUAA